AUGGUAUUACAUAAAUUGGUUGGAACAGUUAGUCGCCUAACUCUAAGAAAUGUUUCCCAAAUUGGACAAAAGUUUGCUGCAUCAACGAUGAGCGUACGUGAUGCACUCUCGAUGGCAUUAGACGAGGAGUUAGCACGUGAUGAUCGUGUUUUUUUACUAGGUGAGGAAGUUGGGCAUUACGACGGCGCUUACAAGAUUUCGAGAGGAUUGAUGCGUAAAUUCGGUGAUUCCCGUGUAAUAGAUACUCCAAUUACGGAAGCAGGUUUUUGCGGCAUAGCGGUCGGUGCAGCAUUUGCAGGUCUUCGUCCGAUUUGUGAAUUUAUGACUUACAACUUUUCUAUGCAGUGCAUCGAUCAGAUUAUAAAUAGUGCAGCUAAAACAUAUUAUAUGUCAGCGGGUCAGGUAUGUUGUCCAAUUGUUUUUCGUGGACCGAAUGGAGCAGCUGCUGGUGUUGCGGCACAACACAGUCAAGACUUCACAGUAUGGUAUGCUCACGUUCCUGGACUAAAGGUUGUGGCACCCUAUUCCGCAGAAGAUGCAAAAGGUUUGCUGAAGUCAGCUGUUCGUGAUGACAAUCCAGUAGUAAUGUUGGAGAAUGAAUUGUUAUACAGCGAAAUGUUCCCAAUGUCAGACGAAGCAUUGAAAAACGACUUUAUGGUACCAAUUGGCAAAGCAAAAAUUGAGCGAGAAGGCACAGAUAUAACACUCAUCUCACAUUCGAUUGGUAUGGUAGCAACUAUGAAAGCCGCAGAACAGUUAGCCAAAGAAGGUAUCAAUGCUGAGGUAAUUAAUUUACGAUCUCUUCGACCGUUUGACUUUGAAACAAUCAAGAAAUCUGUUAUGAAGACCCAUCAUGUAAUAACCGUUGACAAUGGAUGGCCAUUUUGCUGCAUAGGAUCGGAAAUCUGCAUGCAGCUGAACGAAUCAGAAGCAUAUGAUGCUCUGGAUGGUCCUGUAUAUCGAGUAACUGGCACCGAUGUCCCAAUGCCGUUUAGUGAAUCUCUUGAAAUUGCAGCGCAGCCACAACCUGCUGAUGUAGUAAAAAUGGCAAAGAGAUCAUUGAAAAAGUGA